CCUGGUUCCGGAAGCGCCGGCCCGCGCAGGCGCCGCUGUGCUCCCGAGCCCAUGGCGCUGUCCCGGCCGCCGCCGGCCGUCUGCACGCUGCCGCCGGGCCCCGGGCCCCCGCGCUUCGUGUGCUACUGCCAGGGCGAGGAAGGCGGGGAAGGAGAGCGCGCUGGCUUCAACCUGUGUGUGACGGACGCCGCGGAGCUCUGGAGCACCGACUUCACCCCGGACAGCCUGGCGGCGCACAAAGUCCGUUCCGGCCUGAGUGCGAGCGAGGACAUCGGCCCGCGGUUCAGGACAGCCUGUGAGCAGAGCGCUGUGGCCUUCAGUCUGCAGGAGGAGCGGGCCUCUCUGACCCUUUCCGUGGGGCCCUCGGCACUGCACUUUGAGCUCUCCAAGGUGCCUGCGUCCGAGGCGGCGCCCAGGAUACAGGCGCUGACGCUGGGUCUGGCAGAGCGCGUGUGCAGCUUGGAGCGGCGGCUGGCAGCUGUGGAGGCAACCACCAGCCCGAGGAAGAGCCCCAGGGCACUGGGACCUCAGCUCUUCCUGCAGGACCCUGAUCCCCAGAGAGGCGGUCCUGGGCCCGGGGUCAGGAAGCGGAGUCCAGGAGAAUCCCUCAUCAACCCUGGCUUCAAGAGUAAGAAACCAGCUGCUGGUGUAGACUUUGAGGACCCCUGAAGGUACAGCACGUGAGGCCCGCCAGGUGCCUGCUGGGGUGGGCGGGCAGCCCUGAGGCCCCUCCUCCUCCCCCAGUCCUCACCUCCUUACCAGCCCCCAGAAACAUGCCCA